AUGGAGGAGAGUGAAACAAAGGAGAGUGAAACAAAGGGGACAAUCGAACAAGAAACCGAGAAGGCUUGUGAUUCAGGUGAGAGAUCUUUUCUGAAGAGAGGAAAAACAGCCUCAAAUAAGAGAAACUACAAGCGUAAUGAGCGCAAAACCGAGGAAGAAACCUGUUCAAAGUCUUGCAAGAAGAAGGAUUCUCGAGGAUGGGUUGAGGUAGAUGAAGCGUUACGGUUGCAGAGGCGAACAAGGUAUUUGCUUAUUAAGAUGAAGAUGCAGCAGAAUCUUAUCGAUGCAUACGCAACUGAAGGUUGGAAAGGUCAGAGCCGGGAAAAGAUAAGACCAGACAAGGAGCUUGAGAGAGCACGAAAAGAGAUCUUAACCUGCAAGCUUGGACUACGAGACGCCAUUCGCCAGCUGGAUUUGCUUAGUUCGGUGGGAAGAAUCGAAGAGCAAGUGAUGGCUCCAGAUGGAUCUAUUCAUCAUGACCAUAUAUUUUGUGCAAAAUGCAAUUCUCGAGAAGCUUUUCCGGACAAUGAUAUAAUACUUUGUGAUGGAACGUGUAAUCGCGCCUUUCACCAGAAGUGCCUUGACCCUCCUUUGGAAACAGAAAACAUACCUCCUGGAGAUCAGGGCUGGUUUUGCAAAUUUUGUGAUUGCAAAAUGGAAAUCAUCGACACAAUGAAUGCACAAAUAGGAUCUCAUUUCCCUGCGGACAGCAACUGGCAGGAUAUCUUCAAUGAAGAAGCUAGUCUUCCUAUUGGAUCUGAAGCCACACUUAACAACGAAGCGGAUUGGCCUUCUGAUGACUCUAAGGAUGAUGAUUAUGACCCUGAAAUGAGGGAAAUCGCUGGAGGAAGCAGCAGCAACGUUAAUGGUGUUGAUGAUGGUGAUAUUGAUGGAGAAAGUGAUUCAACUAGCUUGAGCUUAGCUUCUGAUGGUGUAGCCCUUUCAACAGGAUCAUGGGAAGGUGAUAGAUUUAACAAUAUGGUGGAAUUAUGCGAAACAAGUACUGAAGAAGCUGUAAGUGGGCCAAGACAGCGGAGGACUGUUGACUAUACAAAAUUAUACUAUGAAAUGUUUGGAAAGGAUGCUGGUUUGCAAGAGCAAGGUAGUGAAGACGAAGACUGGGGUCCGAAUGACAGAAGGAAGAGAAAAAAAGUGUCAGAUGCAGCAAGCACACUUGUAACUAUGUGUGAAAAUAGUAAAAAAGAUGAUAUUGUAGAAACACGGAAGCAGAGUGAGAGAGAUUCUGUUUCCGUGGAAGAUAAAGGAGGCCGAAGGCCGAUGUUCAGACUACCAAGAGCUGCAGUUGAGAGGCUACGUCAAGUGUUUGCAGAGAAUGAGCUUCCUUCAAAAGCUGUGAGGGACAGUCUUUCAAACGAGCUGAGUCUUGAACCAGAGAAGGUCAGCAAAUGGUUCAAAAAUACACGGUACAUGGCAUUGAGGAAUAGGAAGACGGAGAGUGUGAAACAACCUGGGGAUUCUAAGGCAGUCUCUGGAGAUUCUGGACCAGAACCAGUCAUGGAGAACAACAAUGAAGAAACUAAUGAAAUUCAAGAUACCUUGGAUGAGAACAAUCAAGAAACGAAUGAAAUUCAAGAUACCAUGGAUGAGACUGUUUCGCUCGGACUGAAUGAUUCUGCUACGAAUCAGAGAACAAUAUCUCCCUGUAAUAAUAACCAGGAGGAAAUUGAACAGGCCACUGUCUCUUUUCCUACACCCACAGAUGAAAGUCAACAGUAUCUGGAGCAGAAAGACACUUCUUUCACUCAAGUGCCACAUGAAGAGCUAAGCAGCGAAAUAAGCCUGAAGACGACGGCUCUAGAGGAGCAGGAGACGGAGAACAAAAUGACGGAAGAGGAAGAAUUCGAAGCAAUGAUGGAGAUGAUUUGUAGAGCAGAAAACAAGUUAAUGGACGUGACGCAGAGGGUUGAGAGAUUUAGAACACCGAAAGGCCGGAAAAAGUCAGGCAAGUCUUCUUCAUAUGUAGUUGAACAAGACUCAGUAGUGUAUGUUCCAACAGCAGAGAUCAAGGAGAAGAAGUUGUAG